AUGAGUUUUCUGAAGAGCCACGACAUAUCUAUCAGCUUGACGUCGACAUUUAUGAAGCUCGUUGGAUUAUGGACGUCGAAAAACCAAUUGGAACGACGCGUCAGACUUAUUACGCUGAUUUACGCGUUCUCCAUUAUUCUCUUUGCUCUAUGGAUAGAGGUUACGGAUACUUACUAUUCGUUCGGUGAUUUAAGUACCCGCAUUUACAACGUGUGCAACAUUUUGGCGAUCCUAAUGCCUCUUCUGAAGAUGACAGUAUUACUUGCGCAUAAACAAAAAUUUUUUCGUUUAAUCGCAUAUACGCAACAAAGAUUUUGGCACGAGAAUUACGAUGAGUACGAGAAAAAGAUUUAUAUGGACUGCAAACGCAAAUGUACCGUCUUUGUUUGUUUCGUAAUAUUCACCACCAAAGCGACCCUUAUUUGUUACGCCCUUAGUCCAAUUCUUGAAAAUAUUGGAAGGAACGAAUCGGAUAGGGAGCUUCCAUUUAAUAUGUGGAUUGACUUGCCACUGACAGAGACACCAUACUAUGAAAUAACACUUCUGUUGCAGCUCAUGUCAUUGUAUUAUGUUGGAGUCGGCUAUUUCUGUUUCGACAAUCUAUUAUGCGUCAUGAGUCUACACUUAGCUACUCAAUUUCAAAUACUGCAAUAUAAAAUGUCCCGCAUGACCGAUUUAACGAAUAAAGAGAAGGGAGAAACAAAUCCAAAAUUGUUCACAGGAUCAUCGGCAAAUAAAUGUUACACCGUCUUUAAGAAAUAUAUUCAACAACAUCAAGCUCUCAUAGCUUAUUGUCGCAAACUGGAAUCGGUAUUUAAUUUGCCUGUUUUGGCGCAAGUGCUGGCGUUCAGUUUGGUAAUGUGUCUCGAUGGGUACCAGAUACUUAUGCCAGGAGCACCUACCAGAACACGUUUCAUCUUCAGCUUCCAAUUAAUAGCCUGUCUAUGCCAAUUACUGAUGUUCACCUACAGCUGUGACUGCAUCAUGCAAGAAAGCACGAGCGUAGCUUUGGCAGUGUAUAAAGGACCUUGGUCAUUUUUGCCUGCAACCGAAAGCGGUAUGAUGAUGCGAAAAGACUUGAUACUCGUUACUAUAAGAUCUGGCGUACCUUGUUGCAUAACAGGCUAUGGAUUCUUCGUCGUGUCUCUAGAGACAUACACUCGGGUUUUAAGUACUGCGGUAUCAUAUUUCACACUGUUAAGACAAACUACACAGGAGACUCUCAAUUCUUUACUGGUCGUACAACAAAUUGGCGCGAGCUAUAUAUGCCCCGACAACUUCUUAUGCGUGCUAAAUCUACACGUGGUCUACCAAUUUCGUAUGCUGCAGAACACGUUAGUGAAUCUAUGGUCGAACAUCGACGAGCGAACAGAUAUCGUCGAGUACUCGAACGAAUGCUACGUAAUGUUGAAAAAAUGCAUCCGAAAACAUCAAUCGUUGAUCGAAUUCAGCGCUAAACUCGACGACAUUUACACACUGCCGAUCCUCAGCCACAUGGUUAUCUUUAGCGUGCUGAUGUGUUUCGACACGUACGAGGUCAUUCUGGUACGUGUGAGCGAUUUAAAACGAAUUAACGCGGACGUAUCUCCCGGGACACGACUCAUUUUCUUCUUCCACAUGAUCGGCAGUUUUACCCACAUCAUUUUUUUCACGUAUAUCUGCAAUGGUUUAGUAGAGGAAAGCACGAAUAUUAGCACGGCAUCGUAUUCAGGAUGGUGGAUGAUUCUGCCAAUGACCGAAACAGGCAGGAAGAUACGGAAGGAUACGAGAAUAAUGAUUAUGAAAUCGAUGCGACCGUGUUAUCUGUCCGCCGGAGGAUUCUUUCCCGUCACUUUGGAAACAUCUACCGCGCUUAUAAGCUCGACGAUGUCAUACUUCACUCUCAUGAGAGAAUCGUCUAUAAAAGCAGCAGCGGAAUAG